AUGGCAUUUACACUACUUCAAAACGAAGACAUAUACACUGAAAAGAAUCUAAUCUGUCCACUCACACAUAAAUUAUUUCAAGAUCCAGUUCUUGCUGGUGAUGGCCAUAUAUACGAACGAUCAGCACUUGUUCAAUGGAUCGAAGUUAAUGGAACGAGUCCAAUUACACUUGAACCAUUGAAGAUCAGCGAUUUACGUAUAGAGGAGAAUAUCAAACGACUAUGUCAAAGUCAACCACCACCUGUAGCCUAUUCAACUGGCAACGAUGAAGUAAGAUUACCACCUUUGCGAGUUUCACAGAUGUCGCCUAUUAGAGAACAACCACCAAUUGUGGCAGAAGUACAGCGAUCAUUUAACAAUAAUAAUUGCAUUUCAUACAUGUGGUGCAUAGGUAUUUCCAUAAUACUUGUUAUACUUAUCAUUAUUGCAUCCAUGAGUCUUAGCGUUAAAUCUCGCUCAACAGUUCCAUCCACUUAUGCUAUUAAUACUUCUCUUUCGCCUUUGGUUGCUACUACUACUAUUAUUGCUACUGAUUCUACUACUUAUAUCUUGCCAAACAAUUGCACAUUGAGGCAAAUUACCCCAGUGUUCUCGUUGAACAAUAGUCCACCGUUCGAUUUUCAAUUUUAUUCUAUUCCAUAUACGGCUAUUGCCGAGCAAACAAUGAUAACUUUUGCCUUUCGACAAGAUCCAGGCUAUUGGGCCAUUGAUGAUAUAUCAAUGAGAGAGAAUAAAACAGGAAUUGAAGUUCUACAAAAUGGUGACUUUGAAAAUGAAGUAUUUGCACUAUUCUCCUAUUGCAACCAACAAGGAAUCAAUGUAACAUCGACGGCUUAUCCAUCAAACAAUCAAUCUCAUUCAGGAACAUAUGCAUUCGUUGAUUUCACUGCCAAUGCUCCAGAUUACAUUAGCCAGAUGCUUACGUUAACUAUUGGAAACAUAUACAAUAUUUCAUUUUUCCUAUUGAACAGUGAUGGGCCAGUGAACAGCUUCAUGGUUAUGAUGAGCGUUUAA